AUGAAUCCGUCGUCGUCGAAUCCUCCUCCACCGCCGCCGCAUCAGCAGGGCGACGGUUCAGGGAAGAAGAUUCGAAAGCCGUACACCAUUACAAAGUCCAGAGAAAGCUGGACAGAGGAGGAGCACGAUAAGUUCAUCGAGGCUCUUCAACUGUUUGACCGUGACUGGAAGAAAAUUGAAGAUUUUGUGGGCUCGAAAACAGUAAUUCAGAUUCGCAGUCAUGCACAGAAGUACUUCUUAAAGGUUCAGAAGAAUGGAACAGUAGCUCAUGUUCCUCCGCCUCGUCCUAAGCGUAAAGCUUCCCAUCCUUAUCCUCAGAAGGCACCUAAAAAUGUUUUGGCGCCACUACGAGCAGCUAUGGCUUAUUCGUCUGCUUCUAUGAAUUCUCUUGCACCUGGAUACCCAGCCUGGGAUGAUGCUUCAGUGCUUGUGAACAAUUUGUCCUCUGGAGCCGUGCCAUCUGAAAACGACUACAAUUUUCGUGGAGUUGAAGCUGAUAUUGGAUCAAAUGGGGCUGCCAGGACAACUAAUUCUAGUAUAAGUGGGCUUGAAAGUUCACCUAGAGGGCCACCAAGUUCCGAGGUACCAAACCAGAGCAAGCAAGGUUCUGCCCUUCACGGUAUUCCAGAUUUUGCUGAAGUGUAUGGCUUCAUUGGGAGUGUCUUUGAUCCAGAUGGUAAAAAUCAUGUGCAGAAACUCAAGGAGAUGGAUCCCAUAAAUUUUGAAACAGUCUUGUUAUUGAUGAGGAACCUUACGAUCAAUUUGUGCAGCCCUGAUUUUGAGCCCAUUAGAGAUGUUCUAUCCACAUAUGAUCUACGUCCGAAAGCUGUAGGGGUUUCUCCCGGUACUGUAAUAAGUGCUGAAUGA